AAUACGUGUUUGACUUUUUGACGUGGAAGGAGAUAUCGCUUCAUAGAAAAAAAUGCAAAUUGCUUUUUAAAUUUACAAUAUAUAGGAAAUAUGAAAGUCUUAACGUUUAUAAGUUUAUUUAUAUUAGCGCUUAUAAUUCCUACAUUAAAUGGACAAUCCAAAACUCGAAAUGGAUUAACCAUGUCUGAGAGAGUACAACAAUUAUUGGAUAUGAAUACAAAAAAAUCUGUGAUGAGAUUUAAUGGCAAUAAGUUUAGAGAUUAUAUUAAGACCACCCCUCGAAACUAUUCAGUUGUCGUAAUGUUCACUGCUAUGGCGCCUGCCAGACAAUGUAUGAUCUGCAGACAUGCUAGUGAUGAAUUCACUAUUAUUGCUAAUUCUUAUAGAUAUUCGCAACUGUAUUCUAGUAAACUAUUCUUUGCAAUGGUGGACUUUGAUGAAGGAUCUGAUGUCUUCCAAAUGCUAAGAUUGAACACUGCUCCUGUCUUCAUACAUUUCCCUCCUAAAGGCAAGCCUAAGCCUAGUGACACAAUGGAUAUACAACGAGUUGGAUUUGCUGCAGAAUCUAUUUCAAAAUGGAUUGGAGAAAGAACUGAUAUUCAAAUUCGUAUAUUUCGUCCUCCUAAUUAUUCUGGAACAAUUGCAAUGAUUUUGCUGUUUGUCUUGGUAUCUGGAUUCCUUUAUCUGAGAAGGAACAAUCUAGAUUUCUUAUAUAAAAAACAACCUUGGGCUUUAGGUGCAGUUGUGUUUUGCUUUGUUAUGGUAUCAGGACAAAUGUGGAAUCAUAUUCGAGGCCCCCCCUUUGUCCACAAAGCCCAAAAUGGGGGCAUAGCUUAUAUCCAUGGAUCAUCCCAAGGGCAAUUUGUGCUUGAAACUUAUAUAGUUUUAGUCUUAAAUGCUUGUGUUGUUUUAGGUAUGAUUUUAAUGAUAGAAGCAGCACAAAGAAAAAGUGAUAUUCGGAAGAGAAGAAUAUUUGCAAUAGCAGGGCUCAUUCUAGUAGUUGUAUUCUUCUCUCUUAUUUUAAGUGUGUUUAGAUCAAAGGCCCAAGGAUAUCCAUAUAGUUUCUUAUUCAAGUGAUAAAGUUUAUAAAAG